AUGUCGCUUGAAAUUCGAACAGGCUGCAGCAGUUUCUCUUGCGCAUCCGGAUCCGAUUUCAACGAAGAAAUGUUUGGGCUCCCAGCCCUAGCUUCUCCACAACAUGUCAGGUGGAUGAGAAUGGAAUGUACACCGGUGAGUUCGAGACGUUUGCGCUGGCGGGCUUCAUCCGUGCGCGGGGCGAGAGCGACGCAUGCAGCUGGCGCUGCAUUGCAAUACUGUCUUAGCGUUGUAGUGGCCCCAGUUGCGUUGAACGGCCAUGAGCACCUCACCUUCUGCAACAAGGCCUCGCACGCUCAAGCCUCCGUCGAUCUGGUAGAGGGGCCCUUCCAGUUUGCAGGAGGGACCUGCUCUGGCCAUGCAUAG